AUGGUUAACAAUCGAGGUGAUGCCGGCUCGCUGGUACUGAAUCUGUUGAAUAAUGUGAUCCGAUUGUUAUUCGGCCCUAUUGGGUACUUCACCUACGCCAAAAAUUUGUUGUUACUUGAUAUCGAGCCUUUCAGCUGCGAUGUCGAGAAUAUCGAGAAGGGUCGUAUGACUGCCAACACCGUUCAGGGCAAAGAAACGGAUGAGGGUUCGAUCGUUAUUCCACCGUGUGGACAUGUACCCACAAUUGCAUGUCGUUCCUAUAUCAAUUAUUCAUCGAUGAAUUUGGAAUAUGCCGCUCUGUUUACCGCAGUCUUAUGGGAUUUUAUCGGAUACUUAUAUGGCUUACAACAACGACAACACCAGAUAGUGGUGCCACUGUGGACGUGGGAAAUGGACAACCCUUAUGUCUUAACCCCUUUUGCCUAUGUUUCCUGGUUCAUAUGCCACAGCAAAACGAGAGUGCUGGGUUCAGAUGUCAUCCAAAAUGUCAAAACAGCCGGUGAGGCAACCUACGGAAGAUUUUCGUGGAAUCAGCGGUUAAUUGACGACCAGCAGACGCCUCGUAAAGUAUCAGAGUGGAAUCUCCAGUUUGAGCAAAUCGCCAUCGGAGAUGAAACGGGCAUUCGGGGUCGCUAG